AAUCGGUAAAUGAGACGUACAUGUGAUUGGAAAUUAUUAUAAAAAUUUUGAACACCACUACAGCGAAAUGAAUCUUCUUCCAAAAAGCCACAAGGAGUUUAGUGAGAAAGAUUAUUGGAACAAGUUUUUCAAGAAGAGAGGCAAUAAAGCUUUCGAGUGGUAUGGAGAGUAUAUGGAACUCUGCUCACAGCUUCAUAAGUACAUUAAACCCAAAGAUUCCAUACUCAUUACCGGGUGCGGCAACUCUAGCCUCAGUGCUGAUUUAUACGACGUAGGAUACACUAACAUCACCAACAUAGACGUGUCUGAAGUCGUAAUACGCCAGAUGACGUCUAUUAACGCCCACAGAACAAAUAUGAAGUUCCUGUGCAUGGAUGCAAUGAAAACUACUUUCAGUGAUGAGGAAUUUAAUGUUGUUCUUGAUAAAGGGACUCUAGACGCUCUUAUGCCGGACGAUGGUGAAGAAACUCAGAAAGGAAUAGACAAAUACUUUUCAGAAAUCAAAAGGGUUUUGAAGCUUGGGGGCCGGUUUGUUUGUAUAUCACUAUUGCAGAGUCACAUUUUGAAAAAGUUACUGGAUACGUUCUGUGAUAAAUCUUGGAUGUUCCGAGUGGUCCGAUGCCAUGAGGCAGAGGAGAAAAAUGCAGAGAAUGGCGAUGGGACAACAUUGCCUGUGUUUGUUGUUGUUGCUACUAAAUUCAAGGCAAUGCCACAGUUGAUAUUAGAAGUGUGCCUGGCAGGAGAUAAGAUGCAGCGAGUGGCAUCCCCAGACGAACUCUUUGGUUACAUCAAAUCAGCUCAAGACACUGCAUUUGUCACCAAUGGGUUAGCCAAGACCAGUUUGGAUGAGGAUAAUGAGGUAUCCUUGGAUUUGAUGCAGCCAGGAGAGGACUCUCCUAGAUACACCCUGUAUAUUGUGGACCAGAAGAAAUCCCAGGCCAUCAACAAGUAUGCUGUUUUCAUUGUACCACAGGGAAGAGAAUCCGAGUGGCUCUUCGGCACGCCGGCUGGUCGUCGGCAAUUACAAGACUCGGCGCGCUUCGGACGCCUCGUGGUAGCGGUUCUCAGGCGGGGACACCAUUUCGAGAGCCUCGACGCUGUCAAAGAGGAGCUCACGCAUUCCGCGAAGAUGCUUAUACCGUAUGGGUUUACGGGACAGAUCCCGUUUCUCUCGCUCGGCAGCGAGGUGGGGCGGCGUGUUAAGGUCCACGAGGGCACGUCUCCCAUCUCCGGGCCCUUCGUGGUCGAGGACGUGGACGUAGAUGGGGAGACGCACCGCAGGCUGGUGUUCUUGGAUAAUCAGUUCUUGGUGCAGUCUGAGGCGAAGCUGAAGAGUGUGAAAAGGAAGAACAAGACGAAACUAGUGGUGGACUUCGGGCACAUAUCCUUAUACCAUUCAUUUAUGUGCGUGGGCGCGGCGCUGGGCCGGCGCGGGCGGGCGGCCGUGCUCGGGCUGGGCGGCGGCAGCCUGUGCAUGUUCCUCAGGAAGUGCAUAGAUGACCUGAAGGUGACCGCUGUAGAGCUGGACCCGGCGAUGUUGGAAGUAGCGCGCGAGCACUUCGAGCUGAAGCUGGAUGAGCAGUUCGAUGUGCAGAUCAAAGACGGCGUCGACUUCCUCAGGGAAGAAGCACAGGCUGGCCACAAGUUCGAGACGGUGAUGUUCGAUAUGGACAGCAAGGACCGAGCCUUGGGCCUGUCGUGCCCGCCGCCGCAGUUUCUGCACAACCAAGUGUUGGAUGACGUCAAGGCGAUACUCACAGACGACGGCCACUUCAUCCUCAACUUAGUGUGCCGAGACACGGUACUGCAAGCAUCCAUUCUUGACACCAUCAAAACCCACUUCAAGCAUGUAGCCACCGUAAAAUUGUAUGAAGAAGUGAACGAGAUUGUAUUUGCCUCCAAUGGGGCUGCAUACUCGAAUGAAUCCUUCGAGGAAGCCAUCAAGAGUAUAAAUCAGGCAGCGAGACAGAAGGGCCUCGUCAAAGUGAGAUGUGUGGACUUGAAAGACUUUAUGCAGUCUACUAAUAUUAUUUCAUAGUGAUAGUAGAAUAGUUAUUGAUAAGAUUUAUUUAUAAGCUGUGUAUAUGUUUUGUUAACUUUAAAGUUAUUUUUGUACUAUAUUGAGGUUGUUAGACAUAUUUAGUAAUAUGUUAACAUUUUAUUAUCUGUGCCUACAGACACUGCAAUUAUUCGUUUUCGAUUCGAUAUCGGUAUCGCUUCGAUUCGUCAAAUUUUGUAAAAAAAAAAAGGAAAAUAUAACUUCGCGAAUCGAAAUUUUGCAUUGUGUAGGAGACUCAAAGCUCAGAUUUGUUGAUGUUGCAAUAUUUUAUGUCAUUCUACUUCGCAGUGAUGAAAUCUUUUGUUUAUAUUCUAGCUAGAGUAUAGAUCGAAAUACCUAUUGAUUGAAACUAUACCCUAAUAAUAGGCGAUUUGUAAACAAUAGGUCGUUCGAACAAUUGUCAACUUCCUCAGACCAUGAAAAUGAAACAACAGAAAUAAAAUCAAUGCAUUUAA